AUGGAACCUGGUGGUGAGAAUCAAUCUGAAGUAGUAGGAGAAGUUUUGUCACAAGAAAGUCCUGAAGUGGCUCAAAAUAAUCCAGAGAUCACAGAGCAGGCCCAAGAUGUUCAAGCGGAAACUGAAAAUCCACCACCAACAUCAGAAAUAGAAGAAGCCAAAAAUCCUGAAGAAAAGCAUGAAGAAACUUUAAAUGAAGAGCCAGCUAAAAAUCUUUCUGAAACUGUACAAGAAAGCAGCGAAAUAGUGACUAGUGAAGCAAAAAGUAAUGAAAACGAGACUGAAGAAAGCAAAGUUAUAAGUGAUGAAGCCAAACCAGACACUUUGGAACAAGAAGCUACAGAGAAAAGUGAAAUUCCUAUAGACAGCGAGCAAACCCUACCAAAAGAAGAAGAAAGUGCAGAAGCUGCACAAUCUGAAAUUAAUCCUGAAAACAUUGAAAGUUCGGAAGCACCCAUUGUUGAAGAGGUAUCCCAGCCUGUCUCUACAGAAGAGAUAUCUCAGCCUCCUGAAGGAGUAUUUUUGCCUCCUGUAAAUGAAGAAAUAUCCCAACCAAAUACCAAUGAAGAGGUAUCUGAGCCUCCUGUCACAGAAGAAGUAUCUCAGAAUAUUGAGGAGAUUUCUCAGCCAGCAACAAUUGAACAGCCAGUUAUUGAAAAGAUCUCUCAGCCUGCUAUUGAAAAGAUUUCUGAGCCUGCUGCUAUGGGCGAAGUAUCCCAGCCUGUUAUUGAAGAAAUUUCUGAGCCUGCCGCUAAUGAAGAGAUAUCACAGGCUGUUGUUGAAGAAGCAGCUCAGUCUGCUAUUGAAGAAUCAGCUCAGCCUGAUAUUGAGGAGAUUUCUCAGCCUGCUAUUGAAGAAUCAGCUCAGCCAGCUAUUGAGGAGAUUUCUCAGCCUGUUAUUGAGGAGAUUUUUCAGCCUGCUAUUGAAGAUUCAGCUCAGCCUGCUAUUGAAGAUUCAGCUCAGCCUGCUAUUGAAGAUUCAGCUCAGCCUGCUAUUGAGGAUAUUUCUCAGCCUGUGGCUGAGGAGAUUUCUCAAACUGUUGUUGAGGAGAUUUCUCAGCAUGUAGCUGAAGAAGAAAUUUCAGAGCCAGCUAUAGAGGAUAAAACUGCAGAAAAUACAAGCCCGGUCAAUGCAGCUCAAGAAAUCACUGAAACAGUCACUGAUACACAAGCUACCCAAAUUGAGGUUGCUCAGGAAGAAAACAAAGUAGAAGAAACUCAAGCUGAGGUAUCUGAGCCAAUCCCUGAAACUGAAAUUCUUUCUGAUUCUGUUGAAAAUAACACUGUCCUAGAAACCAGCCAAGUGAACACAGAAGAAAUCCCUCAAAUCCACGAAAAGCCUGACAACAUAAUCCAGCCAGAGCCAAAAAUCCCUGUAGAAUCUCCCCUUCACGAAGAAAUUCAAAAUCCUGAGCCAGCACAACCCAUCGAGCCUGCCAAGAAUACCUCAACUAUUGAAAGCAACAUUGAAGAGCCAAAAGAAACCCCUCAAGAAGUUGCAGUUGAAGAAGUUAUUGAAGAAUCCCUCCCAGAAGCCUCAACCACAUUAAAAAAGAACAAAAAAGUCAAAGUGAAAUCUAAGAAAAGAGCAGCAGAAGAAGUCCCUGCAGAAGCUGAACAAGUUAAAGAAGAAAUCCAGCCACAAAUGAAAGCUCCAAAUGACCAAGAAAAAAUAGCUGAAAAUCCUCUGACGAAUCCUGAAGCCUCUAGCCCUCAAAUAAAAGCAGAUCCUCCUAGAAAUGUAGAGAAUAAGGACCCAGUCAUCACAGCUCCACCUCCUGCUGCCCAUUAUACUGCCCCUCAGCCUGCUGUUCACACUUAUAAUGCCGUAAAAGAAGAAAAAAAAGAAGAUUACCAUGAAUCUCACAUAAUUCCAGGAAAUAUCCCGACAAAAUAUGAAGACCAAGUAGUGAAUAGAGAAAAAGUCUCUGACAAAAAAGCUCCAGAUUCUCGAGGGACGACGUCUUGUGGAAACUGCAUUUUAUUAUAA